AUGGAGAGAAUCGAAGAGGCGCAAAGAAAGCUUCAAGAAGCGGCUGUUGAAGGAAAUGUCACUUCCUUGCUGGCGUUACUUCAGGAAGAUAAACUUGUUCUUGAUAGAUGUGCUGUUACUUGUGCAUCAGAGAUGCCUCUACACAUAGCAGCCAUGCUUGGACACUUGGAAUUCACAAGAGAAAUUCUUUGUCGAAAGCCUGAAUUGGUCAAAGAGCUAGAUUUCCAUAGAUCAUCUCCACUUCACUUGGCAACAGCAAAAGGUCAACUUGAAGUAGUGAAAGCGUUGUUGUCGGUGAACGCAGAUAUGUGCCUUGCUAAAGAUCGAAAUGGAUGGAGCCCUCUUCAUAUUGCAGUGAUCAAAGACCGAAUUGAUGUCUUGAUCGAGUUAGUUCAAGCCAAACCUGAAGCCAUUCGAACAAGAGGGCAACGAUGUGUAACCAUCCUGCAUCUGUGUGUUAAACACCACCGAUUGGAUGCAUUGAAGCUCUUGGUGGAGACAAUUGAUGACUCUGCAUUCGUAAAUUCAGAGGAUGAUGAAGGCUUAACUAUCCUACACCAAGCAGUUGCUGAUAGAGAAAUUCAGAUCAUAAAUUAUCUCAUCACCGAAACUCUGAUAGAAGUAAAUGCGUUGAACGCAAAUGGCUUCACAGCAUUGGACAUUGUAUUGGCACGGGGCCGAAGAAACAUUGAAGACAUAGACAUUCAAAACACUCUUUUAGAGGCUGGAGCUCUGAGUUCCAAGAAUAUGCCUUCAACAAUGCACGGAUCGAUUGCCAUUAGGGCCAAUAAUAAGAAUCGUGAGAGGAAGAAAAAUUGGCUGGAAGAAAGGCGAAAUGCAUUAAUGGUGGUUGCAUCACUAAUUGCAACCAUGGCUUUCCAAGCUGGAAUUAGUCCACCCAAUGGUAACUGGCAAGAUGACUUACACCCAAUAUCACUGUCACAUGAAGCUGGUCGGUCCAUAAUGGCUGAUAAGUUCCCAGACGAUUAUGCAUUUUUUGUUGGGUACAACACUACAAGUUUUCUAGCAUCCAUUAGUGUGAUCCUAUUAUUGAUAAGUGGGUUACCUUUCAAAUGGAAGAUUUUGAUGUGGAUUCUGAUGAUUAUCAUGUGGAUUGCAAUUAUAGCGACAAUCUUGACAUACUCCAUCUCUUUAUCUUGUUUGUCCAGCCGUCGGGAUGAAAGUACUAAUGCCAAAGUUGGCGCCGGUGCGGCAUUUUAUGGAGUCAUGGGCAUUGUUCUUAUAGGACAUUCCAUCCGUCUCAUACGCAAAAUUGUCAAGUAUGCAAGAAGGUCAAGAGCUAGGAGAUCAGUUGCCAUAAGUCACGCCAACAUUUAA